GGUGUGAGGGAGGUGUUGACGUAGGCAGCGGCGACUGGAGUAGUCAGUUGCCUCCUGACCUUCACUGAGUUAACAUCAACUCGUCUACGGUUUUAAGAUGGGGUUGUUUACUGCAGUUUUGGGAGUAUUGGUUUGUCUGGUCGCAGAUGUGUCUUGCCAAUAUAGACCAGUUCAAAUUGCAGAGACUGGUCUGCCAGCGAAGUCACCCGCCCCUGCCAUAAUACCUGUCGACCAGUUCCCUGCACAGACCGGCCAUUUCAACUUCAUUCCUGGCAAUAACUUCCCUGCUGGUUCUCAACCCUUACCAAGCGGGACGGUCAACUUUCCCCAGGGUGUUGCUUUAAGUCACGGCGCUUCCGUUCCUUCCUCUGUAGGAUCUGGCACUCUUGGGGCGGGUGUGUUUGGUCAGGGUGUGGGCAGUGCUCAGGCGUCUGGUGCGGGUGUGUUUGGCCAGGGUGUGGGCAGUGCUCAGGCGUCUGGUGCGGGUGUGUUUGGUCAGGGUGUGGGCAGUGCUCAGGCGUCUGGUGCGGGUGUGUUUGGCCAGGGUGUGGGCAGUGCUCAGGCGUCUGGUGCGGGUGUGUUUGGCCAGGGUGUGGGCAGUGCUCAGGCGUCUGGUGCGGGUGUGUUUGGCCAGGGUGUGGGCAGUGCUCAGGCGUCUGGUGCGGGUGUGUUUGGCCAGGGUGUGGGCAGUGCUCAGGCGUCUGGUGCGGGUGUGUUUGGCCAGGGUGUGGGCAGUGCUCAGGCGUCUGGUGCGGGUGUGUUUGGCCAGGGUGUGGGCAGUGCUCAGGCGUCUGGUGCGGGUGUGUUUGGCCAGGGUGUGGGCAGUGCUCAGGCGUCUGGUGCGGGUGUGUUUGGCCAGGGUGUGGGCAGUGCUCAGGCGUCUGGUGCGGGUGUGUUUGGCCAGGGUGUGGGCAGUGCUCAGGCGUCUGGUGCGGGUGUGUUUGGCCAGGGUGUGGGCAGUGCUCAGGCGUCUGGUGCGGGUGUGUUUGGCCAAGGUGUGGGCAUUGGUCAACCUACAAUUCUUGAUAGUGGACGGUUUAACCAGGUUAACGUGCCUCGUGUAACCAGUGGCCCAGGUCGUAAUAUCUUCAGAAACGUUGGCAUCCCUGAAGUUAGAAGAGUGGACGCACUCUUGACCCCAACUGUCACCCAAGUUAUCACCAUCGACCGCUGCGUCACUGUCACCGACCAGGCCUUCAACAGCGUGGCCGUGACCCUGACUUCCUUCAGCGUGCAGACUGUCACCGUGGGAACACGAGCGGUGCUGCAGACGCCUGUCGAUGAUCGCGUCGCUCUCCAGACAUCGGUGUUUGUCCGGCCCGGGACCGUAACAUUAACGGAGGUGAAGUCUGACUUCAGGAUCGUGACUGAAACUUCUCUAACCCACGUGACCCUCGCCCACACGUCCUACGUCAUCAGCCAGUACACCUUCACCACCACGGCCACCCAAGUGAUAUCCUAUACGGCGACUUUGGUGCGUACAAACAUCAGCACCCAGAGGGCUACCAUCACAAACUACCGGACUGUCACCGACACUGUCUUCGUUAACAGCGGCUACGGCUACAGGGCACGAUAGCCGCAUUUUCUUAAUCUUGACCGUUCUUAAAGUUAAGAGUACCACUGUCAUUAUGACAAUUCUCUGAACUUCGAGUGACUCGUAAUAAAUUUUUUCCACUUU